GGCCAGAUCAUUCCCACGGCCCGCAGGGUCCUGUACGCCUGCCAGCUCACAGCCGAGCCCCGACUCAUGGAGCCCGUCUAUCUGGUGGAGAUUCAGUGCUCAGAGCAGGUGGUCGGCGGCAUCUACGGCGUGUUGAACAGAAAACGAGGCCACGUCUUCGAGGAGUCUCAGGUCAUGGGAACACCCAUGUUCAUCGUUAAGGCCUUUCUGCCCGUCAACGAGUCUUUUGGUUAGUAUCCAUCUUCAUCACAUUAAUGAUC